UUCCGUAGGUCGGCUAACGGUCGCCGAGUAAUAGUUUCGUGUGAAGAAAUGUGUUUGUCCCCCAGCCUCCGCACUGGGAGCGGCCUUUUCCCCGCAUAACAAGGUUCUCACCGAGUCACGAGUCCACAACUUUCAAGUCUGUCAUACGCAGAAAAUAAGAACAUCAGCAAACACCAAACAUACAACUUCUUCGACUACCCAUACAAUCACAUCAACAAUGCCGCUCUACCAGCCACCCAACGUGUCAGCCCCUGUCCUAUCUCAAUUCUCACUCGCCGGCAAGAUCGUGGCUGUGACGGGCGGCGCGCGAGGCAUCGGCGUCGAAAUCGUGCGUGGCCUCGCCGAGGCAGGUGCAGACGUAGCAGUCAUCUACAGCUCAUCCAAGGACGCACACGAGACAGCAGCAAACAUCGCGAAAGACACUGGUGUCCGUGUUGAAGCCUUCCAGGCCGAUGUCGGAUCACGAGACUCGAUCCUCAGCUGCAUCGACAAGAUCACAACGGAGUUCGGCCACGGAAAGCUCGAUGUCGUCGUUGCAAACGCAGGUGUAUGUGCGAACAUCCCGGCGCUCGAAUACACCGAGGAGACAUGGGCGGCGAACAACCGUGUCAACUAUGACGGCGUGAUGUGGACCGCGCAGGCGGCGGGAAAGGUGUUCAAGAAGCAGGGCAAGGGCAACUUUAUCAUCACGGCGAGUGUGAGUGCGACGCUGGUCAAUCUUCCUCAGCUCCAGGCGGCGUAUAAUGCGAGUAAGGCUGCGGUGGUGCACCUGGCGAAGUGUCUGGCGGUCGAAUGGGUGGACUUUGCGCGGGUCAAUUGUGUCUCGCCGGGCUUCAUUCAUACGGAUAUGAUCACUAUGCAACCUAAAGAGAUGAUGGAGCAGUGGCUGCAGAUGAUACCCGGAAGACGUAUAUGUCACCCUGCGGAAUUGAAGAGUGCUUAUGUGUUUCUGGCCAGCGAUUCGUGCUGCUACAUGACCGGAGCGAAUAUGGUCAUCGACGGCGGUUAUACUCUUCCGUGAGUGGAGGGAGUCCGUAAGUACACAAGGAGUGCAAUCAAGGCCUUAGCCAGGAAUUACUAUUGUUUAUUGUGCUUCAAGCCUACCUCAUCGGGACCAAUAUCAAGACAUUCUGAGCAAGAAAGUUUCCAAUCGAUCUUUUGUUUGUGUGAUGUCUGUGAGACAACAUUGUCAUAAUUCAU